AUAAAGUGGGAGGACUCGGCAUGUGUGUGUGUUGUGUGUCAGUGUGUGCAUGUUGUGUCUCUUUGUAUGUGAGUGUGGGAGGACUCAGUGCAUGUUGUGUGUCAGUGUGUGUCUGUUUGGGAGGAUUCUGUGAGUGUUAUGUGGAAGGAGUAUGUGUGUUGCGUUUGUGUGUCUGUCAGUGUGGGAGGACUCUGUGUGUGUGUUGUGUGUCAGUGUGUAUCAGUGGGAGGACUCUGUGUGUGUGUUGUGUGUCAGUGGGAGGACUCUGUGUGUGUGUUGUGUGUCAGUGUGUAUCAGUGGGAGGACUCUGUGUGUGUGUUGUGUGUCAGUGUGUGUCAGUGGGAGGACUCUGUGUGUGUGUUGUGUGUCAGUGUGUGUCAGUGGGAGGACUCUGUGUGUGUCACCAGGAAACGGUGUGAAUCUCGUCACUCUCCGCUCGGUUCUUCUCGCUCUCGGUGUGUUUUCAUCGGGUUUCUUCGGGUUUUUAGCGGCCACACCUGCACAGAUGGCGACCAAGUACUCAGAUCUGGAGCUGGCCCUCAACACGUUGGUCACCGAGUUCCACAAAGGGGCGGACGAUGCGUCGACCAUGAACACCACCCAGUUCCAGACUCUGAUCUCCAAACAAAUGCCUGUACUAGCCAAGACGGUGGAGAAUGAAGAAGGCCUGGGUCAGGUUCUGGAGCAGAUGGGCGUUCACAGCGGACAGAACAUUUCCUUCGACAACUUCUGGAAACUGAUCAACAAGCAGGCUGUCGACCUCUUCAGCGCCACAUACAAAGAGAAGAGCACCAUGUGCAACUGCCUGCUGCAGUGAGACCUGCAGCCAAACCAUCACCACACCUGAGCCUGGAAACACCACACCUGUGUGGUGUAUUACCUCCACCAACAGGAGGCACUGCCGGACCACAGUCACAUCAGGAAACACUGAAACAAGAAAGAAAUUUUAAUGAUAUUCAAAGUUGAGUUAAAACCUGCCAUUUGUUUUUAAACCAACUGAAGACUGAAUGUACGGAGGACCAAAGAUGACAUAAUAGAAAAACAAUCAACAUAAAAAAUAAACAUGAGAAAAAAUGAAUCGAACCGGAAUAGUCAAAAACAUUGAGAAAUACAUAAAAAGUGAGAGUAAAAUAUAUAUACAAAUCCAAAAAGUUCAGUUCAGAAAUUAAAUAGGUAAAAUUGAAUCAUUUCCUAAAAUGGAAUCAUUUCCUAAAUUGUAACUCAUUGUUUCAGAUGAUAGCAUAACUUACCUUAGAAGACAGAAAAGUUUCUUUCUCUUUUUUUUUCUCUGCUCAGCUAGGGAAAAGAAUAACGACAAGAUCUCACUGACAACUGUAUUGUCAGAGACUCAUCUUGUAAACACAUCUGAAAAAUGAUGAGUUUUGUGCCGUGUUGGGAAAAUGAAGAAAACCAAACAAUCAAUCGACUUGCUAAUUCAGCAAAUGCAUGUGAGCAGAGGCGGCGUUGGGAUUGAACCGAAAUCCCUACAUUUAACUUGGUCAUUGCAUUAUUUUCACAAUAUGAAAAAUAAAAAAAUUAAAUGUGAGACACUUUGUUUCUGUGCUUAACCCAAGUGACACAUUAAAGGUCCCAUAUAUUAAAAAUACAUUUCCAUUAUGUUUUGUAGUAACUAAAUAAAUAAAUGCUGUCAAGACUUCAAUAAACCUCCUGAACAACUAGUGAGCCUCCCAGCUUUAUAAGCCAGUUUCAAAUCAACCCAGACGCUGUAUCACCUGGGUGCAUCUUUCAAUCAGACAAUGUUCUUCCUGAACAGCAGCAGCUUUAAGGUUUUGUUCAGAACAACCAUACAACCGUUAGUUAUACAGCCAUAGUGAAAUGCACCAUAUUUGCAGUAUUGUCAGCUUUGAGAUUAAUUUGCUGAAAAUGGGAACAGUACUGGAUCUUUAAAAUCAGAAUAAUGCAGGGAACCAGACCAGUAAUUCUCAAAGUGUGGUUAGGAAUUAAUCUCGUUUCUGAUGAGCUACAGCAUAGUCAUAUGCAAAAUUGUGUCUUGUGACAAAAAUGUGUGGUGAUUUCCAUGUAAAAUCAACCAAACCUGAAGAAACUUCCUUACUUCCUCCAGUCUGAUAUCUUUAACCAAAUGGACAUGUACCGAACAGAUUGUGGAAAUCAUGCUCUGUCAUGUGCUCAGAUUGCACAGACUGUCUGAUCGGGGUCCGCAGUUCAUCUACCAGCUCUGGAAGGCGUUCUGCUGGCUUUUGGGGCCCUCAAUGAGCCUGUCCUCUGGAUAUCAUGGAUAAUACCAGGAGUUAGAGACCAGUCUUCUCAUCGAUUCCACCUCAUGGAGGAAACAAUUCAUCUGGGUUGAUGUGCCCACAACACCCUGCCUUGCCCCUCCUCCAGCCCCCUCCUUCCAGUGCACCUUUGUUUACCAACCAUUCCAACGUUCUGCCCUGAUACAUGAGGUUGAGGUUCCAUGUGCCUUGGUCAUCCGAGAAGCCCAGGCCAUCAGGUGCUGACCCUAAGAUGGAGGGUACUUCAUGUACAGCUCCAGCAAUUAGGUCUUGUUAGCUUACUUCCUGCCACCUGUGUGUGAUUGUCUUCCCUGCCUCAGUGUUUAUACAAUCCCCCCUUUGCACAUGUUCCUCACCAGGUUUUUCUUCUACCUUUGUGCCACCAUCCCAGUCUUUUCCUAAUGAUUCUCCCAGUGUCAUCUGUCUGUGCAUUUUGCAGAACCUGCACUUUGGGGCCUGAAUUUUUAAUAACCAAUUUCUUGUUAAUUAUGCAUUCUACAGCUUAAACACACACACACAUACGUAUAUAUACAUAUGUGUAUGUGUGCGUGUCAGUAGCCCCAAGCUCAGACAAUAUGUACAAUUAAAUUUGUAUGAAAUUUAUUUACAUAGAAUUGUAACAGGUUGCUGACAGACUGUUAAACAAACUACCAAGAAAUUGUUCUGGCCUUUCCUGCUUCUCACUUCCAUCAUUCAUUUUUUUUACAUAGAUUUUCAUAGAUUUAUUGAAGAUUCACAUAAAGUGAAAAAGAAAAAGAAAAAUGUGUUAGGAAUCCAUUACAAAUGGAAUUUGUAACCAUGUGGAAAAGAGUAAAUGCACAAUAAAUAAGGUAAUUAGCCACAUUUUUUAAUUGAGGGAAAAAAUGCUAUAAUCAAUUCAGUUGGUCAAAUUUUGCUACAUAAAUUUGGAAAAUAUAAGUAAAUAUAUCGGACUACAAAUAUUUAACACAUUGAUGAUGCAUUUAUUUGAAUUAAAAAUCUCUCAAAUAAACAUGCAAGUUGCUCAUAAACAUUAGAAAUGUGGGGAAAAAACCCCCAAAGAAUUAAGUACAUGAAAAUUCGUGACAAAUCUGCAAAACUAACAUUAAAUUGGAAAAAAAAAAUAUUGAUCAGUUAUAAAUUAAAAUACGAUUGAGUAAAAAUCAAGAAAUAAAUUAAAGGAGAAUGUUUAGAAUCAAAGGGAUAUGUUUUGAUAUUGUUCAGCGUAUUUUUUUUUACAAGUUUUUAAUCCUUCAUUUAUUCAUUUUCAUUAAGUCAGGUUUGGUCCUCUGUACAACUACUGUAUCAGGCUCAGUCCAGACUCACAAAAAAACAGAAAAAUUGCAACAUUUUGCUGCAUUUUAAAGAGAAGCAAAAGCAAAGUUUACAUAAAAUUACUGCUUGAUACAAAAUAGCUUUUUUAACCUAUAAAAUGUCCUUUACUAUAAUCCAGAAGUUACUUUGCCUUUUAAAUGACUUCUUUAUACACAUUUGUUUAUCUCCUAAAUAAAACUGUGAUGUUUUGAUACUAACUUCUGACUUUUAUACUCAGUCUGUAUGUUACUGACAUGUGACAUGUGUUUUACACCCUCAGAUUAUCUCAAUGUUUGUGUUAAUAAAUCUGUCACUGCUUUUGAUGUAACAAACCAA